UCUGCCGAACGAACAACGUUUACCCCAACCGUUGGCCGGACGAAAAUUCAGUUCGCUGCGGAUUUUCAUAUGGGAAACACAUUUCACUUCACUAGUGGUCCGUUCGUCAUCCCGGGGUGUGCUGGGGGUCCGUUUUUUUCCUUGGCAUAUACUCCUGUGUGCUAGAUAUUUUAUUUUCUUCGAGGACAAGCAGGAGGAAGGUGCAAGGGAUUCGAGCGGUGCAUAGCCGAAGAUUAAGGAAGGGGGUUUCGGGUGCUUAGAAGUGAGUGCAAUUUGGCCCUAGCUGGUCCUAAAAUGGUGAAGAUGGUAGUUGGAAAGUGAGAAUUUGCUGCAACUUCGUGGGUCUUUGUGAGAGUCUGAGGCUCCGAGUGAUAAUCCUGGAGUGAAAAAACUCGGAUUGGGUAAUAACGUUUGAGUGCACGAGUGGCGACGAAAUCGGUUACGUGUUCGAAGAAAAAUUUGAAAACCUGUCGAAAUUUUAUCCUUACUUGGAUUUCUUGUUGAAGCGAAUACAGUUGGAAUUGGAGAGCGGUGGCGAAGAAAGGAAAAGUGUCGAAAGAAAAUUAACGGUAAUCUGAAGCUGCAGUUAUAAGAAGUGCGGAUACAGUUAUUUGAUUUUUUCCUUUUGGAGAUAUUUUCUAGAAGCUACUGCAAUAGUCACUGGUAGAGGUGAAAUCGAUACUAGUAAAAGUUCGGAAUUCUUUCAACCUAAAAAAAAUCAUCAGUGAAUAAAGGCAGGCAGUAAAAAGUUAUCGUUAUUCAAUGAUCGUUAUUGUGGAAGUUUGAAUGGAACAGGGAAGAUCAUAAAAACCUAUGCGUUGAAAUGUGAAAAAAGGGCAGACUCAGAUGUAAAAGUCGAAUCUAUAGUUGGAUUGUACGUUAGCGAAAAAUAUCAUAAAACGCUACGCAUCGCCGACGGGGACGUGAAAAGGGGCGACGAAGCUUGCGAAAAUUUGGUGAAAUAAAGUAUCGUAAAAAAUAGCCACGCUGCACGACGACGACGACAUCACAACUCGCAGAUCUUGCCUAGACACCAUUUCCUGUGGCAAACCAACGGCGGCGGCAACGACGACGAAGACGACGGCCAAGACAAGAACGGCGAAUUAUAUAUAAUUUCUGUUGUAACUUCUCGCGUGGCACUCGGCGGAAGUAAAGAUUUCUAGUGUAGAGUGGUGACUAUAGCGAAAAAAAGUGGAACUCAGCUACAGCAUCUACUGCAGGUACCUAUCAUCAUCAACGCCAGAGCAGCGACAUAAUUAACAGCCGCAAUUGAGAGCGCGACGACUUUGAGCCGAAUUUUUCCUGAGAAUAAAAUACAUCAACUGGAAUGUUUUGAUCGCAGACAUAGUUUGCAGAAGAUGUCAUAAUAUGGGUUUCACGUGCGAGAAAGCGCAUUAUCGCACGUCACACUCGGAGCAAAGUUGGAUCGAAACAAUUGGCUGUGAUCAGUUGACCGUACCAGAGCUCAAACCAGUCGGCUCUGUCAGCAAUUUCAAAAAGCAUCAAAAGCUCCGCCCGAAAGCCCACAACCAGAGCAAAUCACCACCAGCAGGUGAACAUCAAAGCACCACAAGCAUCCUCCCGCCUGCAACGGAGCCACCGACAGGAGUCAAUUCCGGAAUCAGCCUUCAUUACCCAUUCAAUCUCUUCCAUCCGUUCCACUUAUCAUCGUACCAGUGCUCGGCGAUUAUUUUAGAUAAACUCUCACAGUUUAUCUCUAAAUAUGUAGUGGUGAGAAGUGGCUCCGGAUGGAGCGUUGCACAACCCUGCGUCUCCAUCGGAAGUGGGCCAUUUCCAUCAGUCCCCCCUGAACCGAGUGCAUCGAAAUACCAACCGUUUCCGCCGUCGUCCCCGUCCUUCCCCCGCUCAACAACAUCGAGAGUAGCUAUAUCAAGAGCCUCCUGUACAUCGACUGCAGAACCGCAGCAAAAGGUGGUCCCGUUACCGCCAUUAUCGUCCUGUGAUCCUUUGGUAGCACCGGUUCAUCCGAUUGGCAGCACUGCUUCCACAACCGGGUGCACCAAAACGUUGCCAUACUCGUCGUCGUUAUCGUUGGAACAAGCUCCAUCAGCAGCAGCAUCAUUAUCGUCGACAACGUCCCAAGCCUUGCUGCUGACGCCUUCUUCGUCCAGCCUUCGGUUGCCUUCCAGAGAUCCUUCAUCGCACGAAACCCCUACGAUUUCAGAAUCAUCAAUAUUAGCAUCAUCAUCAACGACGACGACGACGGCGGCGGCGGCGGCUAGACCUACUAGUAGUCAUUAUCUUGUAAGACACUCACUUUGUUUAUAUGCAGCAUCUAGCGUUAUAUUAGCAUUAUGUUAUCUAACAAUACCAACAGUUGCCUCAGACACACCACAUACUAUGCGAGGAAAAACUCGAUUCGCCGAAGGAAAGUCGGACAAAGAAAUUUUAGAUCACCUAUUAACAGCCGCACGAUAUGACAAAAGGUUGCUACCACCAGUUGAUGAUGCGGAUUUCUGCUGCGGUAUGCAAACACCGGAAAUGGCAAAACAUAUUCCCGAUACGCGCGUUCCAGGACGUCCCCAAAAUCGCGGUUCUUUGACUGUGAAUAUUAGUGUACUGUUGUUAAGCUUAGCAUCGCCAGAUGAGUCUAGUUUAAAAUACGAAGUUGAAUUUUUACUUCAACAACAGUGGUACGACCCGCGGUUACGGUAUGCAAAUCAAUCAUCGUAUGAAUAUUUAAACGCAAUCCAUCACCACGAGGAUAUCUGGAUACCGGAUACGUACUUCAUCAUGCACGGCGACUUCAAGGACCCGCUGAUACCGAUGCACUUUGCCCUGCGGAUUUACCGCAACGGUACGAUCAACUAUCUCAUGAGGCGACACCUCAUCCUUUCUUGUCAAGGUAGACUGAACAUUUUUCCAUUCGAUGAUCCGCUGUGUUCAUUUGCGUUAGAAAGUAUAUCAUACGAACAGUCAGCGAUACGGUAUGUCUGGAAGAACGACGAGGACACUCUCCGGAAGAGCCCUUCGUUGACGACUCUGAAUGCGUACUUGAUCCAGAACCAAACAAUUACCUGCCCCAUUAAAGCCAGCUGGAGAGCCGAAGGACAGGCAUUAACAGAAGAAGACGAAGAAUUUCUCUGUAAUUUGUGCCAAAGGCGAUUUGAGGAGCAAGGAAAUUACAGUUGUCUGAAAGUGGAUUUAAUAUUUACAAGAGAUCGAGCGUUCUAUUUCACGACCGUAUUCAUUCCCGGCAUCAUACUGGUGACGUCGUCGUUCAUCACAUUCUGGCUGGAGUGGAACGCGGUUCCUGCCAGAUCAAUGAUAGGCGUCACGACCAUGCUGAAUUUUUUCACCACCUCCAACGGUUUCCGCAGCACACUUCCGGUGGUGUCGAAUCUAACGGCGAUGAACGUAUGGGACGGAGUGUGCAUGUGCUUCAUCUACGCCUCGCUGCUAGAGUUUGUCUGUGUCAACUAUGUCGGCAGGAAGCGACCACUGCACAACGUUGUAUAUAGACCUGGCGAGAAUCCAGUUACUCAGCGUCUUCCAGCUGUCCUAAACAGGAUCGGAAUAAUACUCGCGAGUCCCCUGACAUCAAGAAUAUUUUCGGAAACGAUUGAAAGCGAAUUCCACACGGCAAUUGCUGCCGAGAAAUCUGCCGCGUCAGCAGCUUCCUCCAAUCCAGGUGCAACUUCUACCACUACUGGUACUACUGCUACUUCCAAUGCUGCCACUCCAUCCGCUGCUGCUGCUGCAACUCAACAAGGGGCAGGGACCCCAACUUCCGCUUCGACCGUCAGCCCUUCCUCGACCAGACCCACCAGUGUCCUGAUGGAGGAAGGACUGGGCGAUGGUAAACCGACUUCCGUUCGAUCCCGUACUCAGCGCCAGCCGACCGUUGAAACCAAAAUCAACGAAAUCGGUGUGAUGGAAACGAGCUUCGGUGUGAAGAAACGAGAAUCGAGUGGACCGAACGAGAUCGUGGCCUGUACCAGCUGUGCGGGUGGAACCAGCCCAUGUACACACUCGGCGAACAAUGGCUGUGCUACCGAGACGUGCUUCGUUCAGGUUCGGAAAAAGGAACCACCCCAUCCGAUUCGGGUGGCCAAAACGAUCGAUGUCAUUGCACGGAUCACGUUCCCGUCGGCGUACGCAGUAUUUCUCAUAUUCUUCUUCAUCCACUAUAAAGGAUUCUCCUAGAAUACGAUCAACAAGCGUUUGCUUCAUGAGAUCUAUACGAAUAACCUGUUGUAACAGCAGACAGUUCACAUAGCUACAGCCAGUGUUGGAGUUUUUUUGUUUCUUCACCAGACAGCCUCCGGCUAUGGAUUCGCAUAUCAUCGCUCUAUCCAAACCACGGGUACAUGCCGAAGACCUUGACCCCAGAUUCCACAAUUUUCACACCACGCCCAGUGCAAACCCAAGUAGGAACAUUUUAUAAAACAUAUGAAUUACAUACCGCUUUGGAUUAAAAGUACUCAAAAUGAACAGAAAAUAGACAACGUUACAGCUUCUGAAUGUACAUGCAGAUAAAUAUGGUCAACGGAGAAAUUGGUACGAAUAAGUUUGUAAAAAGUGACGCCGAUCAGUGGACAAGGAAACAACAAAAAACAAAUACUGCCUUUUAGUAAGAAAAGUGGAAAAUGAAACUUCAGCAACACUAAAAUCAAAACAUACAAAACUGAACAUUUUGAGAAUGCUGUAAUGACAAACAAAUAUAGAUAGAGAAAUGUAAAAAUGAAUCCUGUACAUAGAAAGGUCAUUUUUUCGCGUUAAGUCUAGUUUAACUCGAUUUUCUUUUAGAUUAACGAUACAGUAGCACUCGAUAUAGAAACUGAACGCAAUCAGUUACCAUUUGUAAGUUCUUCACGAACCUUCUUUUUUCCAUUCAAACAAUGCAAAGCGUAAGGAAGCUCAUUGAAUUAAGCUUAUUGGUGCGUUGGGUUCACUAAAAAUGGUGGUCCUAGAACCGGCAACAAUUGCCAAUUCACCACGUUAGAUUCUAUACGCAAGGGUCACAAGUCGAUUUUCGUAGGACGAAUAAUUCAAAUUGAAUAAAAACUAAACAAAAACGGGGUUAAACCAAGCGUAGGACAGAAUACAAAAAAAAACACGCCAUGCCAAUGAUGAGAAUUUUUGCAAUCAAAUAGAGUUUAGUAGGCGAAUAAGAAGAGGGAAGAAAAUAUAGCAAUAUUAUUUGAAUAGAGACUAAACUAAUUAUGAAGCAUAUUUAUAAUGAAGUAGAAUAACUGACGAUUCAAUGAUAUAGGUUAAGGAAUAAAUCGGUAAGCAUUGCACAGAAAAUGGAAAUGUAUAUUUUCAUAAAUUAGGAGCAAACGCAGAUUGAUCGCUGUGUUUUGUAUUUAUUUUCUAGUAAAAAAAAAUUGAGAUCUGAAUGUAGCCAAUUUCGUUGUUAUAUAAGCUAUUGAGGGUUGAAUUUUACGUUUUCAAACAAGUUGUUUUAAUGUAGAUUUUACUAAAUAAAUGCAACGUAACACCUAACAAACCAAUAAGCUUCACAAUGCCAUAUGAAGCAUGAAGUCGUUGGACAUGCAUUAAAUCCCUUAAAAACGGAAGUGCACUAUUUUGAGCAACAAUAUUUAUUCAGUAAGUUCUUCAAAGGUAUUGUUUUUUUUUCUAUUUCAUAACACUAAUCACAGUAAUCGCUGGAGCAUAGUGCAAUAUUCUUCUGUGGUAGGACUCAAAGUGUAAAAAUAAUUCUUCAGGCGUUUCUAUACUGCCCAUAAACGCAUGUCAGUCCCAUGUUUGCUGGAUUUUCCAUUCACAUGGGACAAUUAUGCGUUCAUGGGCAGUAUACAUCAGGUAUGGAAAAAUCAACUACAGAGGCACUUUAUCGAAAAAGAUUAAAACGACAAAAAAAGAUGGGCAAUU